AUGCCGUAUGAUGCAGCAGAUCCACCAGGCAAUGAGGUGUUGGAGCUAACGGCGUACACAAAAAGGAGAGGUGCUAUCCUGGUUAUGGGAUGUGAUGCAAAUGCUCAUCACAGCCAAUGGGGCAGUGCUGACAUCAAUAAAAGAGGUGAGUGCGUCUAUGAUUUCAUAACUGUCAAUUAUCUAGUUAUCUGUAACAAGGGCAACAUGCCCACGUUUAGGAACAAAGAUAGGCAGGCGGUUAUACACAUGACCUUGACGAACCAAGAUGAUAAUUUCGUUAGAGAUUGGAGGGUAUCCACGGACUGUUCCUUUUCGGAUCAUAGUAGGAUCACCUUCACCUUGAACUUCAACUCGUCCUUAAGGGUACCAUUUAGGGAUCCUAGGCGGACAAAUUGGGGAACCUUUUAUGACAAGGUACGUACUGGGUUUGAACAGUUUACUUUAUGUGAACUGAUACCACCCAAGUUGGAAAUAACGGUGAACAAUUUCACCCGUUUAUUAAAUGAGAGCUAUGAGUCAUCAUGCCCAAUGAAAUUUCCCGGUAGGCGUAAACAGCCAAAAUGGUGGACUAAGGAACUUCAAGUUCAGAGGUCGACGGUUAGGAAAUCUUUUAAUAGGGCAAAGCUCACUGGAUUAGAAGGAGACUGGAACAACUACAAGGUGUGCUUCAAUAAAUACAAGGGAGAUCUUAAAAGAGCGAAGCGGAUUUCAUGGAGGAAUUAUUGUGAAUCCGUUGAUAGCGUCAAUGAGAUGUAUGAUGAGAUAGCAACGCUCAACAUGCCUACCUCAAGGGUAAGUCCGUUGAGAGUGCGCUUCAUGAAGUGGUCGGUUGUAUAG